AUGCCGAUCACAUUGUAUACUGCCACGAUGAGCCCUCCCGCUCGGGCUGUCCAACUAUUAAUCACCGAGCUUGGAUUAAAAGUUGAGUCAAAAAUCAUAGAUACUCGCGCGGGUGAAACUCGAACGGAAGAGUUCCUCCGUAUGAAUCCACAGCACACGAUACCGACGUUAGACGACAAUGGAUUCUACCUGUGGGAGUCACGUGCAAUUUUGGCAUACCUGGUGGAAGCCUACCAUCUUGGGCAUGAUCUCUAUCCGAACAUACCGAAGGAAAAGGCGCUUAUCAACCGCGUUUUGCAUCAUGACAUGGCAGCUUUCUAUCCGAAGAUAAUCAAUACUUUGUAUGGAAUCUUUCGUGGUGAAACCAAAGUGGUAACAGAGGAAAUGAAGAGCACUGUCAAAAGUGCUCUGGCUAACCUCGAAUUGUUUCUGGUUCGAAACGAUUGGUUCGCUGGCGAGAAGAUUACCAUAGCUGAUCUGUCACUGCUGCCGACGGUUGGAACACUGUUGCACAGCGGAUUCGAUUUGACUCCUUUUCCCCGUUUACUCGCGUGGUAUGACAACUGUAAAGAACUUAAAGGUUACUCCGAAGAACUAACAGUGGCUCAGCAAGCUGGACAAUAUAUACGCUCACUGCUUGAGGAAGGAUUGUGA